UCAAAUCAGUCUAAGAUUUGACUUUCAAAGCAAAAUAUCGGAGGCUGCAUGAUGUCUAGCAGCGAACUUUUCGAAGGAAAAAAUGGAUCAUUUGUUUGCUUGUGUAAGUCAUUUCAUGACUCUCGGUGUAAUGCAGGCACCUUUCUUAGCCCUCCAAUAAGUAGAGAGGCAUUAAAACGACUUAAUUCGACGUCUAGUCAUAGCAGUGCCUCUGAUUGGUCUCCUGGUACGCCAUGUGAGGUACAAGAAAAACCUCUUGUAAGAGGACAGAGGCAUCUAAAGAAGGCAAUUUCCUUGGAGGAAAUAUUUUACAAGAAAGGCAAUAAAAAACGUAAGCAUCUGCAAAGAAGGACGAGCGAUUAUAAUAUUAAGAGUUAUGAGAUUACUUUAGAGCGGAAAAGUUCUAAGAGAAGAAAAAGGUCAAGCCGGUCUAAAAAUUCCAAUUCUACAAGAGAUACUUCACAAGGACAGUGUGAUAUAGAAAGUGGGCAUUUGGAUAAUAAUAUUAUGUUUGCAAAUAGCUCAAAGAAUCUAUCGAAGCAAAGCCCUAGAUCUAAAGUCCAAGAAGAUAUUCAGCAAUCGAUAGAAGAAGUUUCUCGACAUAAACGGAGAAGAAGAAUUAUAAACAUUAUUCUUGCUGUUUAUUUUUUUAUAUUUUGUAUUAGUAUAUUGUCUGUAGUAGUCACAUUGACGCACCAGAGUACUACUACGAUUAUUGGAAAGAAUUCAACGAAGAAUCUCACUUAUUACACUUUUUCACCAAAAUCAGAUGUUUUGUUAGAGGAUAUUAGUUAGAAGCUUACAUAUUUAGUAAAAAAAAUUAUAAUUGAUAUUGACAAUUUCAAAUAAUUUUUUAGACAUUUUUUCAGUUUUCUUUAAAGACUUUUUAAAUGUAUGCAAAGCAAGAAGAUAAUAAUACUGCUGAUAUUGGGAGGAAUGGGGAGAUUUAAUCCAGAUUUAGAGCAAAUAUCCAUUACAAGAAACGUAAUAUUUUAAUGCGGUAAUUUAUAUUUCAAGGUUUUUUUGAAUGUACCUAAAUUUCACCUAAUUGAAAACUCUGGAAGUGGGUCUCUAAGAACUCUUUGGAUUUUAAAUUAUUCAGAAAAUGGAACACAACAUUGGAAUUUUUAUUAUUGAGAAUUGUUGAAUUUUCUAAUGACAUUGAUCCUAGUUUAGACAUUGACCCUAUUUUUAAAUAAUUAGGGUAGCAAAUUAUAGUACAUUCACAACCAAGAGCCCAGGGAAAAACAAAUCUAUACGCUCUCUCAACUGCAAGCUAAAUUUUACGGUAGGUUGCCUAAUUACAAACGAUGAAGGGUUGUUUAUGUAGGGCCUUUUCGUUGUGAAUCGACUAUAGCAUUAAAAGUAUACGUAAUAUUAUCUUAGGACAUCACAUAAAUUGACUAUUAGAAUAUUGAUCUAAAUUUAAUUAAACCGGAUUAAUCAUUAUCUAACAAGCAACUAAUGCUGAGAGCACAAGUAUUAUUGUCCAUAUUUGGUUCCUUUAUGUAGUUAUUUUAUAAAGAAAUAUAAUUUGUUUUAGAAAAAUAUAAGUAAUAUAUUUCUCUACAAAGAC